CUGUAAGGUGGUGGUGCUUUAUAGGGUCGAUUAUUUAAAUUGCUGGAAUCUAAUCAAUGCCGGUCCAGACACACUUUGAAAACCCAUCCAAGUAUCACAUUCAACAAACGCCAAGGCAACAAGUCAAACAGUACUUGACUCUGGAUACCAAACUGCCCACCCAAACUCUAUCACUGUCUCAUUCUCAUUCAGUCAGUUCUUCAGGAGCAGCACCCAUAUUAAGGAGUGGGCAGAUGCCGCCUGCCAGUGACAUCAGCACUCCUGGAAGUCCAACAACCAAGUUACUAGCCCUUGGAGGAGAACAUGAAAAUGUGAUGGAUGAUGUUAUUGAUGACAUAAUUAAUAUGGAGUCAAGUUUUAAUGAUGAAGGAAUGUGUUGCUCUGAAACACCGCUACUCAUGCAAAGAACUCUUUCAGGUAGCAUUCUGGAUAUAUACAACAGUGACCAAGGAAUGCCAAAUGCAAAUAUGGGUCUCACCAAUACUUCCUGUCCAUCUAAUUUGCCUGUGAAAAGGGAAAUCACAGAAACAGAUACACGAGCCAUGGCCAAGGAGAGGCAAAAAAAGGAUAACCAUAAUCUCAUUGAAAGAAGAAGAAGGUACAACAUUAAUUAUCGGAUCAAGGAGCUUGGAACACUUAUCCCAAAGUCUAAUGAUCCUGAUAUGCGCUGGAACAAAGGAACUAUUUUAAAAGCAUCAGUGGAGUAUAUCAAGUGGCUACAAAAAGAACAACAAAGAGCCAGAGAAUUAGAACAUAGACAGAAGAAAUUAGAGCAGGCUAACAGGCGACUUUUACUACGCAUUAAGGAACUAGAAAUACAGGCACAAGCUCAUGGCCUCCCAAUUAUGUCUUCAGUCAGUGCUGUAGACUUAACAUCCCAAGUCACAAAACAGCAGGCAUUCCCAGAAGACAAUUCCGUCAACUAUUCUCAACAUCUUGCAGUGGCCCAUGAACAACACUCUGACUUCAGAGAUGCAUCUGCAGCCUUUUCUGAUCCACUUUCACAUUUUACGGAUUUGUCAUUCAGUGCUGCAUUGAAAGAACAAAAAUUAGAUGACAUCUUAUUGGAUGAUACAAUAUCACCAUUUGGGACAGAUCCACUGUUGUCUUCCAUAUCUCCUGGUGCAUCCAAAGGGAGCAGCCGAAGAAGCAGCUUUAGUACAGAUGAUGGGGAUGAGCUAUAA